AUGGACGGGAUCUAUACCAAACACCGGGUCCAGAACCCUAACUCCCUUAACUCCGUCAUCUGGGAAGCAAAUCCUGUACAUCACAAUGUUUUCCAAGCCAACCAUAGUCCUGGUGUUCCAGGUGCCUGGACCACCCCAGCAUUCUACACCCAACUCUCAUCCAAUCUCUCAGAGAAAGGUCUCGCCACUGAAACCGUUGCACACCCCUCAGCUGGCGCAGAACCUCCAGCCAAGACUCUCGAUGAUGACGUCUCAAACCUCCAAAGCACCCUGCAACGACUCGUUGACCCCGGGGAAGAUGUCGUUGUUGUCGCGCACUCAUACGGCGGUCUUGUUGCCUCCGGCGCAGUGCAGGAUCUUGAGAAACCAGUCCGUCAGCAAGAAGGAAAGCAGGGUGGUGUUGUGAUUAUCGUGUACAUGACUGCGUUCGUGGUCAACAAAGGACUAAGUUUGAUUAAUGUUUGCGGGGGACAACUUCUCCCAUGGAUUAAAUGCGACGAAAACUACACCACUCUAUCCUUCGACACCCCAUACCACAACCUCCCCCAGUCCCAACAAUCCCAGUGGACCUCUGCACUAACGCACUCCUGA